AUGGGUUUUAACCUCGGAAUGAGAUGCAGCACUGUUUUGCCUAAUAAAGCAACAUUGACUGAGAAGAACUUGCCAGACCAGAGCGGCAAGGUGUUUCUUGUGACAGGCGCCUCCGGGGGACUCGGUAAACUUCUCGCCACCAUCUUGUAUCAGCAUAAUGGAAAAGUUUACCUUGCUGCCCGGUCUGAGUCAAAGACAAAGGACUGUAUUGAGGAGAUAAAGGCGGCUCAUCCAUCCUCAAAGGGUGAGCUGCUAUAUCUCAACCUUCAACUCGACGAUUUGACCACUAUCAGGCAGACAGCCAAUGAGUUUUUGGCAAAGGAGAAUCGCUUAGAUGUUCUGUGGAAUAAUGCAGGUGUUAUGGUUCCGCCCGAAGGCUCCCAGACAAAGCAGGGCUAUGAGCUCCAGUACGGCGUCAACAACAUCGCUCACUUCUUGCUCACCCACUUUCUUCGUCCGGCACUCGAGACUGCUGCAAACUCAGCACCCAAAAACUCUGUUCGCGUUAUCUGGGUUUCUUCUAGUGCUGCCGACGCUGCACCGAAUCCUGCUAUUGAUCUGACCAAUAUGGAUUACCAUCGAGAGGAGGGUGCUUGGACGAAAUAUUCACGUAGCAAGGCGGCUAGUGUGGUUCAUUCAGCCGAGUUUGCACGAAGAACCAAAGGGACGGGUAUCAUUAGCCUGGUGAGCAUUCCAUACUUCAUUCGCGCGCUGGCUUCCUCCUUUCUGACCACAAACCAGGCUCUCAAUCCCGGCAAUUUUGUGACAAAUCUGCAGCAGAACAUGUCGAAAAUGGAGCUCAACAUGUUUAAACUCAUCGCAUCGGAACCGAUCAAUGGUGCAUACACCGAGUUGUUCGCAGGCCUUAGCGAUACGAUUACAGAGGAGGACAACGGAGCAUGGGUUUCGCCUUUCGGAAAGCUUGAGAAGGUCCGAAAGGACUUGGUGGACCCGCAACUCGGAGAAGAGUUCUGGAAUUGGACUUUGGAACAGGUGAAGCCUUACAUGUAA